AUGCUCUCCAACACCUCUUUCAAAACCAAAUGUGUCAUCAGGCCAUUCUUGGUAAAACCAGAUUUCCGAAUCGCUCUAAUCGAUAACUCUUCGGGACAAUCGAUAGCAUUAUUUCAUGGAUUCAAAUUCUCCGUUUUUAGAAUUAAUGUAAAUCAAUUAGAUCACGAAAAUAUUACAGUCAGCAAGUUCGCUCUAUCCACCAGCCGAGUGAUCAGUGUCCCGUUGAGCGUCACCAAUAAACAAGCAGUCACCCACUGGUCAACUCGCUACGAGGGGUUUAUAAGACUUCUUCAAAUAAUUCUAGACACGUUUUCCAUUAAAUCAGUGUCCUGGAGUAUAGAUAACCAGGUGGAUGAGUCGACAGACUUACUUGUGACCGAUUGGGUGGCUAACCAGGGUCUCAAACUUUCGUUGCUCAAAGUAACCGGAGAAAAAAUGAAUGUAGGAGUUGUCCACUCGUUUCUCCAACUAUUCGAGAGUAAUCCGCAGCUGGAAUUGCUUGGGCGACAAGACAUUACUCGAUAUUUUUUCGAGGACUAUAAAUUCUCCCGUCUCAGAAUCCAGAACGCUGAGUGGUUCCAGCUCUCAUGGGCGGUACACUCGAAAACCGUCAGGCUUACUGUAAGAAUUUUUGAUGAGCUCAGUCUAAACGAGUUCCUGAUUCUUUGGAUUGCAACGGAGAGCUCGGACAUGUUGGAGCAUUUGGAUUUGGAGCAAACUGCUGGAAUUUUUAAUAUUCCAAGCGUUUUGAACGGUUUGGAGGCGGUGAAGAUGGAUAAGGAAUCCGUGGAGGAUUUGGGAAUCCCGCUCAUUGAGAUCAAGGAAUACUACAGUAUUACUCAGACACUUAACACAAAUAAAAAAGCAAUUCUAUAUUUUGCGGAGAAAAGAUUCAUCUUCAAAGUUGUUCAAUAA